CUACAGCCCCCCAACCUUGAGCUCAAUUAGGCAGUGGCGCUGCGGAGAGAGAGAAAAGGCGCCGCGGAGCGCGAGGCCCGGGAAGACCGAGGGCAGUCGGCGGGACGGCGGAGCCCCGGAGGCGCUGGCCGGAGUUCGCAGAUGAUGGAUUUGGCUGUAUUUCUAUGAAGACAAGUCAUGUGUUUUUACUGCUUCCAAAAUCAGUAUGUCCAGACUAUUGCCACCUUAGGGGAUUAGGACUUGGUGACAACACUUUCCAGAUAUCCAGUGUGGUCUGACCCAGGAACAGGAAGCACAUUAUCACCAAUGACAUCAUGACAGCAAGAGAGCCCAGUCCUCGCCAUGGCAGCAAGGCCCGGGCAAUGCAACGGGCUUCCACCAUUGAUGUGACCUCAGACCUGCUUGGCCUCUCUCUGACUGGAAAUAUACAAGAUCCAGAUGAGCCCAUUUUAGAAUUCAGCUUAGCUUGCAGUGAGCUUCAUACUCCAUCGCUGGAUCGAAAACCAAACAGUUUCGUGGCAGUAAGUGUGACCACCCCCCCUCAGGCAUUCUGGACAAAGCAUGCACAGACGGAGAUUAUUGAGGGAACCAACAAUCCUAUCUUUUUAAGCAGUAUUGCCUUCUUUCAAGACUCACUUAUCAAUCAGAUGACACAAAUCAAACUCUCCGUAUAUGAUGUCAAAGAUAGAUCUCAGGGAACAAUGUAUUUGUUGGGCUCUGGAACUUUCGUUGUCAAAGACCUGCUCCAGGACAGGCAUCACAGACUGCAUUUAACACUAAGGUCUGCAGAGAAUGACCGCGUUGGUAACAUCACUGUGAUCGGUUGGCAUGUGGAAGAAAAGUCAGACCAGCGGGCUCCUGCAACCCGGACUGUGGACACUGUCAAUGGGAGGAUGGUUCUGCCUGUUGAUGAAAGUUUGACAGAGGCAUUGGGAAUUCGAUCCAAGUAUGCUUCUUUGCGAAAAGAUACCUUACUGAAAUCAGUGUUCGGCGGUGCCAUCUGCCGCAUGUAUCGCUUCCCCACCACCGACGGGAACCACCUGCGGAUCCUGGAGCAGAUGGCAGAGAGUGCCCUCUCCUUGCACGUGCCCCGCCAGUUUGUGAAGCUCCUGCUAGAGGAAGAUGCAGCCAGAGUGUGUGAACUGGAGGAGUUGGGAGAGCUGUCCCCAUGCUGGGAGAGCCUCCGGCGCCAGAUCAUCACGCAAUACCAGACCAUCAUCCUCACCUACCAGGAGAACUUGACAGACCUUCAUCAGUACAAAGGUCCCUCGUUUAAAGCAAGCAGUUUGAAAGCAGAUAAAAAAUUAGAAUUUGUUCCUACAAAUUUGCACAUACAGAGGAUGAGAGUUCAAGAUGAUGGAGGAUCAGAUCAGAACUAUGAUGUUGUCACCAUUGGAGCACCUGCUGCUCAUUGCCAAGGCUUUAAGUCAGGAGGUCUUCGCAAAAAGCUGCACAAAUUUGAAGAAACCAAGAAACACAGUUUUGAGGAGUGUUGCACAUCAUCCGGCUGCCAGUCUAUAAUCUACAUCCCACAGGACAUUGUCCGAGCCAAGGAAAUUAUUGCCCAGAUCAACACCCUAAAAACCCAAGUGAGUUACUAUGCAGAGAGGCUCUCAAGGGCAGCCAAAGACAGGUCUGCCACUGGCCUGGAAAGAACGCUCGCCAUCUUGGCAGACAAGACCCGGCAACUGGUCACGGUUUGUGACUGCAAGCUUCUGGCUAACUCCAUCCAUGGACUGAAUGCAGCGCGCCCUGACUAUAUUGCUUCCAAGGCCUCACCCACCUCAACAGAGGAGGAACAGGUGAUGCUCAGAAACGAUCAGGACACCCUCAUGGCCAGGUGGACAGGCAGGAACAGCCGCUCUUCUCUGCAGGUAGACUGGCACGAGGAAGAGUGGGAAAAAGUGUGGCUGAAUGUGGACAAGAGCCUUGAGUGCAUCAUUCAGCGGGUGGACAAGCUGCUGCAGAAGGAGCGUUUGCAGGGGGAGGACUGCAACGAUGUCUUCCCCCCAGCUGGUAGCUGUACCAGCAAGAAAGAUUGCAGCCCCCCACCUGAAGAGUCCAGCCCAGGUGAGUGGAGUGAGGCCCUCUAUCCGCUGCUGACCACUCUCACAGAUUGUGUGGCCAUGAUGAGCGACAAGGCCAAGAAGGCCAUGGUGUUCCUGCUGAUGCAGGACAGCGCACCCACCAUCGCCAGCUACCUGAGUCUGCAGUACCGCCGUGACGUGGUCUUCUGCCAGACCCUGACAGCUCUCAUCUGUGGCUUCAUCAUCAAACUCCGGAACUGCCUACAUGAUGAUGGCUUCUUGCGGCAACUCUAUACCAUCGGACUGCUGGCCCAGUUUGAGAGCCUGCUGAGCACCUAUGGAGAGGAGUUGGCUAUGCUAGAGGACAUGAGCCUCGGCAUCAUGGAUUUAAGGAAUGUCACCUUCAAAGUCACACAGGCAACUUCGAACGCAUCAACUGACAUGCUUCCCGUCAUUACUGGAAAUCGUGAUGGGUUUAAUGUGCGGAUCCCUCUGCCUGGCCCCCUCUUUGACUCCCUGCCCCGAGAGAUCCAGAGCGGCAUGCUACUGCGGGUACAGCCUGUCCUCUUCAACGUGGGCAUCAAUGAGCAGCAGACACUGGCUGAGAGGUUCGGGGACACAUCUUUGCAAGAAGUUAUCAAUGUGGAGAGUUUGGUGCGGUUAAAUUCCUACUUUGAGCAGUUUAAGGAAGUUUUGCCGGAGGAUUGCCUACCUCGAUCUCGGAGCCAGACAUGCCUCCCAGAGCUGCUUCGAUUCUUGGGUCAAAAUGUUCAUGCCAGGAAGAAUAAGAAUGUGGACAUUCUCUGGCAAGCUGCUGAGAUUUGCCGCCGCCUUAACGGGGUUCGGUUUACCAGCUGCAAGAGUGCCAAGGACCGCACAGCCAUGUCUGUGACAUUGGAGCAGUGCCUCAUCCUGCAGCACGAGCACGGCAUGGCCCCACAGGUGUUCACGCAGGCACUGGAGUGCAUGCGCAGCAUUGGAACACGGGAGGUGGUCACGCAGAAGAACUUGAGCGGCCUGGUGCCCAUCCGAGACUUAAGACUAGACCCCAGCCUCCUCUGUUCCAUCCCUCUGUUAGCUCUGAGCCCCAAUCUACUGAUUGUGUGGCUCUUUCUGAGCAUAGCAUAUCUGCUGUCCAAAUUGCGUUGCAAAUGAGUAUCAUGAUGACAAAUUAUCAAUAAGUCACAAGCAAAGCAAAAGCCAGAAUAUGUCCAGCCUCCAUGUACCUAACUGAACAGAAGGAAUCUGUCAAAGAGUGAUCUGCCUUACAAUUUGGUAUUUUGUUGUUUUGAACUGUAACUCUCUGCCAAAUUAUUUCACCAAGAGGACUUGCUGAUUUAAAGUCUGUAGUUCUCAGUGCUUGUAACAUGUUUUCACAGUGCACUGUCGCCACAUUGUCGAGCUCAUCUGGAAUUACUUGUACUGAAGCUCUUACUUUCUGAUGUAAAACUUGAUUACGUGUAUUUUUCAUGUGCCCUGUUUCUGAGAGGAAGGAUUUCUGUCUGAAAAGCAUUUGUAUAUUUGAUACUAUUCUUUCUUUAAAUGUACUGCUAACCUAUUCUUUCCUUUUGAAAAGAGACGAAAAGGAUAGAUACUUUCUAACUGGCUCAUGUAGAUAAACCUAUUUAAUAGGACAGGUACUUUCUGCUUUCAUUUCAAAGCUUAAUCCGCUAAAUUACAGUGGCAAACAGCUUGCAAAAUCACAUUUCCUUGCUUAUUUUUUUUGAUUUGUAUUGACACAAAGCUGUGAUUAUGAUAGCACAUUGUACCAAAUCAGGCACAUAAAAAGAACUACUGCAUGUGACAUUAGAUGCACUCUUUUAACUUUAUAAAGAUAUUAAAAUUAUUCCAGAAAAUAAUGUACUUAUAGCAAAA